AUGGUGAAGUUGACGCAAGAAGUUAUCGAACAAGCCAUUCAAUUCACUAAUCCGGUGAAGGAUAGGCAACUGGAUCUAAGAGGUUACAAAAUACCAGCUAUUGAAAACCUGGGGGCCACCUUGGAUCAGUUUGACGUCAUCGACUUUACAGACAAUGAAAUUAGAAAAGUUGAUAAUUUUCCUCUUCUGAAAAGAAUAAAAUGUCUUCUACUUAGUAAUAACCACAUCAACCGCAUCGAAGAAAAUCUUGAAAUCAACUUGCCAAAUUUACAGUCUUUGGUACUAAUGAACAAUAGGAUGACGGAGUUGGGCGACCUUGAUGUGCUGAGCUCUAUAAAAUCUUUGCAAAGUUUAAGUUUGCUCUACAACCCAGUUGCCAAGAAAAAGUACUAUAGACUCUAUCUGAUUCAUAAAAUCCCACAGCUUAAAAGAAUUGACUUUCAAAAAGUUAAACUAAAGGAGAAAGAAGCAGCAUCAGAGCUCUUCAAAGGAGUCAAGGGUCAAGAAUUGUUGAAGGAAUUAGGGAAAAGAUCGCGAAUAGUUCUCCCAGCUCAAGAAAAUGUUGCUGUUUCUUCGACCAGCCCCAGUAAGAACCAGCAAAUUGAAAAUGGCAACAAUGUCGAGAAGGAGGCUGCCAUAGCAUCUGCCUCCACACUAGAGGAGGUUGAAAGAUUGAAGAAGUUACUACAGGCCAAAGCCCUGGCUAAUAAUACUGCUCAAGGUUUUCUAGUGAUAAAACACUAUUACUAA